CAAAAGCAUCAGAAAAUAAUCUCAAAAGGUUACAACCAGCUUGCUCUAUUAUUGGUAUCUGAAGUACAAGAUCAACAAGAAGUACAAAUAGUAAACACACAAUGUAGUUUAUUAUCCACAAAUGCUGAAACUUCUCCUAAGAAUAUUGAGAUGGAGCAAUUAUUGAAGAAGUAUUCCAGUAUUUUUGAAGAACCAGUAGGGUUACCCCCUUCCAGAGGAGAAUUUGAUCAUAAGACACCUUUACAAAAUGGAUCUCAGCCCAUCAGUAAACGACCAUGCAGGUAUCCAUCUCUACAGAAAAAUAUAAUAGAAGGCUUAGUCAAAGAUAUGCUGAAUUCUGGAAUCAUACAAACUAGCAGCAGCCCCUAUGCAUCUCCAGUGGUAUUGGUGGGGAAAAAAAGAUGGAUCCUGGCGCUUGUGGGUUGACUAUCGAGGUUUAAACAAUCAGACAAUAAAGGAUAAAUUUCCUAUACCUUUAUUGGAUGAAUUAGGAGGAGCUACUAUAUUUUCUAAACUGGAUUUAAGGGCUUGAUAUCACCAAUUCAGAAUGUCUAAGGAUGCAUAUAUAAAACAGCUUUCAAGACACAUGAAGGACACUAUGAGUUUGUUGUUAUGUCCUUUGGCUUAACUAAUGCUCCCUCUUCAUUUCAAAGCCUCAUGAACCAUUUUUUCAAACCCAUUCUCAGAAAAUAUGUUCUGGUGUUUUUUUUAUAAUGUAUUGAUAUACAGCCGCACAGGAAAUGACCACUGGAAACACUUGGAAGAAGUAUUUAGGGUUUAGCAGUAGAGGAUGCUACUUGGAUGCUUGCAACAGAGUUUACACAACAGUUUCCUAACUUUCAUCUUUGAGGACAAAGAUGUUGAGGAGGGGUGUUCUGAUAUACUACGUAGUAAUUAGAAUAUCAGUUAGUGAUGUCAGCAAGUUGUUAGCUUGGUUGUUGCAUCCGUUUAUAUUAGUUGAUAUUUCUGCUGUAAUCACACUGAUAUAAAUACGAUGCAAAGAAGCUGUAAAGGACAUCAGAAUAAUAUUCAUCUCUUUCUAUCAUCAUCUUCUUCCUUACUAUGUCUGCACAUUCUAUUCUUCCAUUUCUAAGCUACCUUCGACUAGUUUUCUUCCACCCAGCUAUUCCUAUAAAUUCUAUAAUCCAUUCUAUAUCACAUUCCAGGACAGACGAAGCUUCCCAUCUAAUUUCAAGCUGUUGGGAUCAACUUCUGGGGAGAGUUGAAACCUACAUUGCUGUUCACUCUGCGCACAUCUCUACUUUCCGGCGACAUUUCCGGCAACUUAGACCUUGGCAACAAAAAUGAAGAGGAUUUUGGGGUUAUCUUUACAAGGCUCACUUCUCUGUACUCCUUAUAUUUAUUCAAACCCAAUUUAAUUUCAACAACAGUGUUCAUCAUCUUCUUCAAAGAGAUAUAUACAUACUGGAAAGUUACGGUCCAACCAAACCACGAAACGGGUCUCGAAGUAGAUGAGUGAAUAGAAAAGAACAAUUUGGUGUUUCCUGAUCAAACUUGAUUGUAAUUCCAAUACAACAUUGGUCGGUAAACUUGAAGAAAACAAACGUACUGGGAUUUUGUAGCAAAUCACUUAAGUUAUACUUAGGGUUGAUUUGUAUAUGCUUUCAAAAAAAGCAGCUCUCGUGUCAAAAGCAGCUCUCACCUUUUGACUUAAAAAACACUUAUUUUGUCAAAUACUACUAAUUUUUUUGCCGGCGUUCGUGUCAAAAGUGCUUUUACUUUUUCUAUUACACAAAAAACACUUAUUUUAUCA